AUGCCAUUUUACGUUCUCAAGAACGAGGACAGUAAAGGGCGCACUCGGACUGCGCUUCGCACUGAACCACAUCGUGAGGGCAAAGACAUGUCCUUUUUGGCCAACAGCAAAGCAAGCUCAUAUAACUGGACAACGGCAAGAAUCGAACCGGCACAUAUAUCCAUCACGGUCUGCGGCGUGGCUGAUAGACGCUGGAAAGCAUACGCUUUUGUGGACGGAGACGAGGAGAUGAGCGAAGGCGAAUUCGACUAUGGAACAGUUGUACCCGAUAUGCUCACUGACCGAGACACCGAUGCUAAUUGUCCUAUCUGGAAUCCAAGAGAGUACUUCUUACUUGUCGUCCUCAUUCGAUUGGAUCAGGUUGCUAGGGAAUGGGAAUCUCUAAUUCGAAAAAUCGUGCGUGGCGUGCGAGAGCAGACGGACGACUCGCGUACCAAAGCUUCAAUCGCAUCUGAUCCAGAGCACAAUCAAGAUACCGUCAAAACAUACGAAAAUGCAAUUGAAGUAUUGAGAGUAUUGCGCGACACACUUUCUGAUAAUAACGAAGCCUGGACUCGAUUCUCAGCACCUCACGGCGACAUCGGCUUCUUCGGUGAUUUUGAACACGUUCCAGAAAGCUCUAGAACCCACAUCAUGGGUUGUCUUCGCGAAAUUAGGAGUAACUUCGGCAGAUUGAGCGACCUACAGCGAAAAUUGGAGACUUUGGAACGUCGUUAUCAAUCGAGGGUUGAAAGUCUUGAACGGCGUUUAACAAUCGAAAGCAACCAGGCCGCGAAACGAAGCGGUUCCAUCUCAGAGCUUAUGGUGUCUUGGGUCUCCCCUGCCGCUGUCGUCAGCGCUGUUUUUGCAAUUCCAGAACCGUUCGGGAAUUUCCGGAGAACAUGGAAGUCAUUUGCUAUCGCCAUGAUUGUGGUUACUGCAAUACUAAACCUGCUUGUAUUCACUAAGGAAAAGCAGUUGCUGAAAACGAAGUCCCCAAAGCAUGUUCACACCAGCAUUCUUGCCUUGAGAGACAGAUUACCACUGCACCAACUGCCGCUCGCGUGGCGAAGAGCUCAUCGACAAAACAGACUGUUACGGACGGACACCGAAGCUACUUUGAUAGAACCAAACAGUGCGGAAAUGGCAAGCUCAGGUAGACCUGCCCUUGCAGCGCAAACCGAAUUAGUCGAAAUUACUAUGCCGCCUGCAUGCCGAACUCGUAAUCCUUAA